AAAAAGAAAGAAAAGAAAAAAAAAUAAAAUCAAUACAUGCAAAUCAAAUGACAAAGGAGAUGUCAUCGAGGGAUAUAUCAGGAAAUGAAGAUGGGAUUACUCAGCGAGAUAAUGAUGAUGGUUCAUCCUUCUGCACCUCAACCACUGUUGUAGCUGUCACUCAAAAGGUGAUUGCGGAAGUGAUCGGGACGUAUUUUCUGAUAUUUAUGGGGUGCGGUUCGGUUGCUGUGGAAAAAAUCUACGGUUCCGUGACAUUUCCGGGAAUAUGCAUUUCUUGGGGAUUGACGGUGAUGAUCAUGGUCUAUUCUGUGGGCCACAUCUCGGGCGCCCAUUUUAAUCCAGCGGUCACGAUUACUUUUGCCAUUUUUAGGCACUUCCCUUACAAGCAGGUGCCACUAUACAUAUUGGCGCAGUUGAUUGGGUCAAUCCUUGCAAGUGGGACUUUGUACGUUUUGUUAGAUGUUCCAAAAGAAGCUUAUUUUGGGACACUGCCUGUGGGCUCCAAUGCACAAUCCUUAGCUAUGGAGUUCAUUGCAUCAUUCCUUUUGAUGUUUGUCAUCUCCGGUGUUGCCACUGACAACAGAUCUGUAAGCAAAAUUGGAGAACUUGCUGGAAUUGCUGUAGGAAUGACUAUAGUGGUUGACGUUUUUGUUGCUGGGCCAGUGUCAGGAGCUUCUAUGAAUCCAGCAAGGAGUAUUGGGCCAGCACUGAUAAUGCAUGAAUUCAAGAGCCUUUGGAUCUACAUAGUUGGGCCUCUUUUGGGCACUAUAACGGGUGGGUUUGCGUACAAUUUGAUUCGAUCCACUGAUAAGCCACUCCGAGAAAUAACGAAACCUUCAUCAUUCCUCAAGGCUACAUCUAGUAGAGCAGGCUACUAAAUUCCAUUGGGCCAGAAAAUGGUGUUAGGCCCAAUAGUUUUGUCAUUUUCCUCUGAAAAUUUUUAUUCAUCCCACAUGAA